AUGGUGGUUGGGUAUUUGUUAUCAGGGGUAAUAAACAGAAUCCCAAUUGUAAACAAACUAAACGUAUCACCAUCUACUGAAGGACAAGUUUCGUCUGAGAUCUUGGAAGGAGAAGAAUCAAGUGUGCAGGAACCUUAUACACCACUGCAAUCGCAUUCUGAUCGUAUUUCCAUUACAGACUCAAUAUCGACAUCUGCAUCUGCAUCUGGAUCUGGAUCUGGAUCAUCGGGUUUGGACGAAUAUAGCUCAGAAUACGAGGACCACGGAGAAGUAAAACCCAUUCACAUUAAGAAAAAGUAUCAAAGUCCCAAGGACAAAUUACAUUCGAAAAUUUUACAAAAUAGAACCCAAUCUGCUGCUCCGUUUGAAUCACUAGCAUCUGCACAAGGAUCAACCGAUUUUGAAAUAGAAGGAAUGGGAUUGAAAACACACGCUGCAUCUAAUAUUAGUACUAGUGUGAAUGCUAGUGCUAGAGGUAGUGCUAGUACAAUGAGCAACUCAUCGCCACACAAGUUGACGCCAGAAGAAUUGGACUCUAGAGUUGUGCUUGGCUCACCCGUCAAGAAAAAGACGUACAAUUCAAUUGACAAUAGUAGUAUUAAGUCGGUCACUUCAAGAUUGAGCAGAAGAAGUAAAAAAAGAAAUGAAGAUGUAAAGCUGAACAAUACAUUUGUCACUGCAGCAACACCAGAAGAAGAAGAAGAAGAAGAAGAAGAAGAAGAAGACAAAGACACAGAGAAAAUAGACUCAAAUGGAAGCAUCAGCAUUCAUUCUGCAAUGGAAGAAACUAAAGAUGCUAGAGUUGAUCAGUAUCUUUCAGAUCAAAACGACAAGUUUAAUAAGUUAAUUUCGAAUAACAUCGAUGUAGUGUUAAACCCACAGCAAGUUCAGGCGCAGAAAACACAAGCAUCAUUUGUUGAGUUGGCCAAAAGCCCCACGCCUAACCAAGUAUUACUCAAGAUGGCAUAUGAGAAUAAGGGAGCAAUUGCCUCCUCUAUAUUCAAGUAUGGUGCAGCACUGGUUAAAUCGAGGUUGCCACAUAUCCCAUUUUUCAAUGACAAGACAACGCAAAUGGAAGUGGCGGGAGAGGAAGGAGAAGAAGAUGAAGAUGUUGAGGAAAAUGGUUUAGCAAUGGGGUAUUUGAAUGCAGAGAGUGAGACUGAUUUCGAUAGUGAUACUGCUCCUCAAACGGCCAAAGAGCUGCUUGGCAGUCCUUUGGGUUCGCCACGGGCUACUCAUGGUAAUCAAAUGGUUGGGUAUAAUACUUGUACAAAGAAGUUGAGUCUGCAACUGCGGCAAAAUAGAAUUGACCAACGUGAUUUUGACAAGUUGGUUAGCAAUUUGGAUGAUGAGGUUAAGAUUGAUAUUUUUUUGGAUUCGCUAGAUGAAAACACAAAGAUGAAUUUGUACCAGCUGUUGCAAAAGGAUUUGGAUUUGUUUGAUGCGCAUUCCUCGUCGAGUGUUAAGAAUGUUUAUUAUGAUCAUAAUAUUUCAACGGUGGACAAGGUGCAGAUAUUUGUUAUUAUUUCUGUCAAGUUGUUUAUGACUGGAGUCAAGUUGUUUAUUCCAAUUACAAAGUACUUGCUUCACAAGUUUCAGAAUAAUGAAUUGUUUAUUUUCAAUCUGAAGAAUUUGAAUAGGUUGAUUGACUCUGUGCUCAAGUUUAUGAGUUAUUUGGAUGUCAAGCUCAAUAGUAACGAAGAUUUUAUUGAAAAGGUUGCGCAACACGAUUAUAUAAAGGCCGAGCAAGAUUUUGAAGAUUUGUAUCAAGACUUUACCAAUCGUACACGAGACUAUUUGAAGCCUAGUGCUAUUAAGGAUCGGUUUCUUGCCAAGGACGAUCAUCUCAAGAGAGGAGUGUAUGAUUAUUUGAUUGGAAAUGCUUCUGAGUCUUUGUCUUUGAGAGAGAAGAACUACCAAGAUGAUCCGCAAUAUGCAAUGUAUUACUCGGGAAGUAGUAGUGGGUAUAAUAAUAAUAAUAAUAAUAGUGGUGGUGGUCCUGGUGGUCCUGGUGCCGGUAGUGGUAAUGAUCCUAAUGCUGCAGCAUCUCAAAGUGGUGUGUUUUUAGAAAAGAGAAGUCGAGCAAAUAAUACUGGUGGAUCGAAGAAGCCAAGCGAUGUUUCGUUUAUGGAUGUAGCUGAUCGAUUUAUUGAGCAGCUAGAUGCAGGAGUAUAA